AGAAGUUCACCACAUUGGAGGAACAGUGAUAUGGAAAUCUUCUCUAACUCUUUUCACCACCAAGAGGAUGAUGAAGAAGCUCUCAAAUGGGCUGCUAUUCAGAGGCUUCCUACGGUUUCACGUUUGAGGAAAGGUCUUCUCACUAACCAAGAUGGGAAGGCUAAUGAGAUUGACAUCAAGAAACUUGGGUUGCAAGAAAGGAGAGAUUUGCUUGAAAGACUUGUGAAAGUAGCUGAUGAGGACAACGAAAAGUUUUUGUUGAAGCUCAGGAAUCGCAUUGAUACAGUUGGUAUUGAUUUUCCUACAAUAGAAGUCAGAUUUGAGAACUUGAAGGUGGAAGCAGAAGUUCAUGUAGGAAGCAGAGCUUUGCCCACUGUCACUAACUACAUGCUUGAUAUAGUAGAUGGCCUACUGAAUUCUAUGUUUAGAAGAAGAAGAAGACAACAUAUAAAUAUUCUCCAGGAUGUUAGUGGAAUAAUAAAACCUGCCAGGAUGACAUUGCUUUUGGGACCUCCAAGUUCUGGAAAGACCACUCUCUUGUUGGCCUUGGCUGGAAAACUUGAUUCAGAACUCAAGUUCUCUGGAAAGGUGACUUAUAAUGGGCAUGGGAUUAAUGAAUUUGUACCCGAGCGAACAGCUGUUUAUGUCAGUCAAAAUGAUCUUCAUAUUGGAGAAAUGACCGUAAGAGAAACCUUAGCCUUCUCAGCCAGAUUCCAAGGUGUUGGGGCUCGAUAUGAUAUGCUAGCAGAAGUUUCUAGAAGAGAAAAAGAGGCAAAUAUUAUCCCUGAUAAAGAUAUCGAUGUCUAUAUGAAGGCUGUGGCAACUGAAGGCCAGAAAGUUAAUCUUUUAACAGAUUAUUUUUUGAGGAUUUUGGGACUGGAGAGCUGUGCAGAUACUUUUGUGGGAAAUGCAAUGUUAAGAGGUAUAUCUGGUGGACAAAGGAAACGUGUAACAACAGGGGAGAUGUUGGUUGGACCAGCUAAAGCACUAUUCAUGGAUGAAAUAUCUACUGGUUUGGAUAGCUCGACAACUUUUCAAGUUGUGAAAUCACUGAAGCAAUGUGUCCACUUUCUCAAAGGAACUGCUGUGAUCUCACUCCUGCAGCCAGCACCUGAGGUUUUCAAUCUUUUUGAUGACAUAAUUCUACUCUCUGAUGGACACAUUGUGUACCAGGGUCCCUGUGAACAUGUGCUUGAAUUUUUUGGUACAAUGGGUUUUGAAUGUCCUGAGAGGAAAGGCGUGGCAGACUUUUUGCAAGAAGUGACAUCAAUGAAAGAUCAGGAGCAAUAUUGGACACACAAAGAAAAGCCUUAUAUAUUUGUCACAGCCAGAGAAUUUGCUGAGGCAUUUCAAUCAUUUCAUGUUGGGAGAAGACUUGGCAAUGAACUUGCUACUCAAUUUGACAAGUCUAAGUGCCACCCAGCUGCUCUGGCAACCAACAAGUAUGGAAUGGGAAAAUGGGAAUUGUUUAAAGCUUGCUUAUCAAGAGAAUAUUUACUCAUGAAGCGCAAUUCAUUUUACUAUAUCUUCAAACUUUGCCAAAUUGCUGUGAUGGCUAUUGUCACCAUGACCGUUUUCCUCCGGACUGAAAUGCACCAUAAUUCAGUGACUGGUGGAAUCAUUUAUGCUGGUGCAUUGUUCUUUGGUAAUAUUGUAAUUAUGUUUAAUGGAUUUGCUGAACUAGCCAUGACAGUGGGGAGGCUUCCCGUUUUUUACAAGCAAAGGGACUUUCUCUUCUUCCCUUCAUGGGCAUAUGCUCUUCCUUCAUGGUUCCUAAGAAUCCCCAUAACGUUUGCUGAAGUUUUUGUUUGGCAAUUCCUCACCUAUUUUGUCAUUGGUUAUGAUCCAGAAGCUGGAAGUUUUCUAAAGCAAUUCAUUCUUCUAGCACUUGCCAAUCAAAUGGCUUCUGCAUUAUUCCGAUUACUUGCAGCACUUGGUAGAGAAAUGUCAGUGGCUUCCACACUAGGGUCGUUUGCAUUGGCCUUGAUUGUUUGCAUGAGUGGUUUCGUCCUAUCCAAAGAAAACAUCAAAAAAUGGUGGUCAUGGGGCUACUGGAUAUCACCUAUGAUGUAUGCACAGAAUGCCUUAGUCAAUAAUGAGUUCCAAGGGAAAAGUUGGAGACAUGUUCUACCUAACUCAAUGGAACCACUAGGAGUUGAAGUUUUGAAAUCCCGCGGGUUCUUCACUGAGUAUUACUGGUAUUGGAUAGGUUUAGGGGCAAUGAUUGGAUAUACCAUACUGUUCAACAUUGGUUACAUCCUUGCUCUCACUUACUUGAACCCACUUGAGAAGCAUCAGGCUGUUAAAUCAGAGCAAAAAGCUGUAGGAGAGACUACACAUAACAGGAAAAGAGGAAUGAUUCUUCCUUUUGAACCACAUUCCAUCACUUUUGAUGAAGUAACAUAUUCUGUUGACAUGCCGAAGGAAUUGAAGAACCAGGGUGUUCUUGAGGAUAGGUUGGUUCUUUUGAAGGGUGUCAGUGGAGCUUUCAGGCCAGGUGUUCUCACAGCUCUAAUGGGUGUCACCGGUGCUGGCAAAACAACUCUGAUGGAUGUACUUGCUGAUAGAAAAACUGGUGGAUAUAUUGAAGGGAACAUCACUGUUUCUGGAUAUCCAAAGAAGCAAGAAACCUUUGCAAGAAUUUCUGGAUACUGUGAACAAAAUGACAUCCACUCUCCUCAUGUUACGGUAUACGAAUCCUUGCUCUAUUCAGCAUGGCUUCGAUUGUCAGCAGAAAUCAAUGUUGAAACGAGGAAGAUGUUCAUUGAGGAAGUCAUGGAACUUGUGGAGCUGAACCCUAUAAGGCAUGCAAUAGUUGGAUUGCCAGGUGUUAACGGUCUCUCAACAGAGCAGCGCAAAAGGUUGACUAUUGCUGUAGAGCUAGUUGCUAAUCCUUCUAUAAUAUUCAUGGAUGAGCCAACUUCUGGGCUAGAUGCAAAAGCUGCUGCUAUUGUUAUGAGAGCAGUUAGGAACAUAGUGGACACUGGAAGAACAAUUGUCUGCACCAUUCAUCAGCCUAGCAUUUAUAUAUUUGAAUCUUUUGAUGAGCUUUUCCUAAUGAAGAAAGGAGGGCAAGAGAUAUAUGUGGGGCCACUUGGAUGUCAUUCUUCCCAUUUAAUCAGUUACUUUGAGGGAAUCCAAGGUGUCAGUAAGAUGAGAGAUGACUGCAACCCAGCAACAUGGAUGUUGGAAGUCACGACUUCAGCAAAAGAAAUAGAAUUGGGGAUUGAUUUUGCUGAGGUUUACAAAAAUUCAGAGUUAUACAGGAGAAACAAAGCACUUAUUGAAGAAUUGAGUACUCCAGCCCCUGGUUCGAAGGAGCUUUAUUUUCCUUCAAAGUACUCAAGGUCCUUGAUCGUCCAAUGCAUGGCUUGCUUAUGGAAACAACAUUGGUCUUACUGGCGGAAUCCUCUAUACAAUACCAUAAGGAUUAUCUUCACAAUUUUUCUCUCCAUCUUGCUUGGGAGCAUGUUUUGGAACCUUGGCUCCAAAAUGGAUAAAGCACAAGAUCUCUUUAAUUCCAUGGGAUUUAUGUAUACUGCUGUUUUACUUAUUGGUAUUAAGAAUGCUACUUCAGUUCAAUCAGUGGUGGGUGUAGAGAGAAUAGUCUUUUAUAGGGAAAUGGCUGCUGGAAUGUAUUCUCCUUUGGCAUAUGCUGUUGCUCAGGCUAUAAUUGAAGUCCCUUAUGUUCUUUUACAAACCUUGAUCUAUGGAUUUAUUGUUUAUGCAAUGAUUGGUUUUGAGUGGGCUGUGACUAAAGUUUUAUGGUACUUAUUCUUCAUGUUCUUCACCUUCAUGUACUUCACCUACUAUGGCAUGAUGACUGCAGCCAUGACCCCAAACGCAUCCACUGCUGCUUUACUUAUUAGUGCAUCCGCUAUAUUAUGGAAUCUCUUCUCAGGAUUCAUAGUCCCGAGACCAAGGAUCCCAAUAUGGUGGAGAUGGUACAGUUGGAUAAAUCCAGUAGCUUGGACUUUGUAUGGGUUGGUGGCUUCACAGUUUGGAGAUAUAAAGCACAAUAUUGAUAUUAAUGGAAGAAGUGUUCCUGUAGAAGAGUUCUUGAAAAAUUACUUUGGUUACAAGCAUGACUUUUUGGGAGUAGUUGCAGCUAUAGUUGUUGGAUUCGCAGUAGCUUUUGUAUUGAUCUUUAUCAUGUCCAUCAAGAUGUUAAACUUCCAAAGGCGUUAA